AUGAAUUCCUAUCUCCUAAACAGAGCCCUCGGGUCUGUCAAUCCGAAUGAAUUCCAUGUCGCUCAAACCACCCGGCUAGUUCACCACCUUGAGCCCGCUCCAGGCAUACGGUUCUCCAGCCGCAGAGCAGCUACAUCAACAGAUCAGGCUGAAGAUGACGUCGCGCCUUUGGAUCAAGAGCUGAGUGUCGCAUCGGAAGUGUUUGCUCACAAAUCCGGUGUGAAUUGCCUCGCCGUUGAUCAGUUUGAGGGCCGAUAUAUGAUAUCGGGAGGUGCCGAUCCAUCGAUCCACCUCUGGGACCUUGAAACGAGAGGCUCAGAGCUUGAACAUGUCCAUCAAUCCUGCGCGUCGGUGAGUAAAUCGUCGCACGCUGACGCGCAUACGCACGCGAUCACCUCGCUAUCAAUUUACCCGUUCGACCCCGUUCCCUCAACCAUCUUCUCAACAUCGCAUGAUGGUACUUUGAAGCUGUCGGCGUUGGAUGCGCCUGCUAUCACUCCGGUUCAUACAUUCAGUCUCGACUGUACUCCAUAUUCGCACUCGUUUUCGUCUCAGCCCGGGUCUACCCUGCUUGUCGCGGUAGGCACGUCCGAUCGAUCGGUACGGUUAGUAGACUUGCGAUCAGGCCUAUCAACACAGGGAUUACCUGGCCAUAAUGGCGCAGUCUUGUCUGUUGCAUGGGCUCCCCAUCGACCCCACCUAUUGGCCUCUGGCUCAGUGGAUAAUCGAGUGAUCAUAUUCGAUGUUCGUCGCGGAGGCCACAACUCUGCCAUUGCCACUUUGGACAUGGAUGACCCAGUGGGACUAGGGCUUCCAGGGACGGGGUCUAUACCCGCCUCCUAUGAGAGCCGACCGGCGUUCUCUCGACACGCCCGUGCCCAUAACGGACCUGUUACGGGAGUACGCUGGACAUCCAAUGGCAGUCACAUUGUAACAGCAGGUCAAGAUUCUCGAAUCCGAGUAUGGGAUUCAGCAACUGGUGCCAACACACUGGUACACUUCGGCCCCCGAGUCCGUAACAGCUCUUCCUCGCACUUGGCCGAGCGGGCCCCGUUGGUGAUACCGAAAGGUGCAAUGAGUCCCGGCCAUGAGACAUUACUAUGGCCUAAUUUCAACGAGCAAGAUGACCGCGGAGAGAUAUUUAUGCUUGGACUGCGCGAAGGAACGUUUAUCAAACGUCUUAGAGUUCCAGGUCUAGCAAUUGGGUCACAGAAUAUGCGUGGUCGAUCGAGCGCUCUCAGUGCCGCCCGCAUCAACGAUCUAGUGUGGCGUGGCAAUGGCGCAUCUGGAGAAGGGAUCGAACUAUUCUCCGCGCAUGGCGACGGAACAAUUCGAACAUGGGCAUCCCGCGAGCCAGACGGUGAGCCCACAGAAGCCGAAGAAGCAGGUAUGGCCGACCGCAAACGAAAGAGAGAUGUUCUAGAUGAGAUCUACCAGGGAUUCCUCGCGCCCGAUCAACCCAGCCUUCAACUCUGA